AUGGACGAGUCCCUGGCCCUGCUGCAGGAUGAACUCGACAUGGCGACGCAAUCGUUGUUGAACGUGUGUAUCACGCUGAAUGAAAACCCAUUGAUCCGCUACUUGAAUGUGCCAGGGAAAGUACUAGGGCCCCUCUCUGUGGAAGCCCAGGCUGAUACCGUCGAAGGCACCUUUGCCGCCGACGAUGCCCGUAAGGGACAAGACCAAGGCCGUGUACAGAUCGGCAUGCCAUUCACGCAGCAGCUUGCCCUACGUGUACAAGCAGCCCUGGAUGAAUAUACCAGCCAUGGACAAAUGCUCGGAGAUCCCGGGCGCCCACGGGGUGUGCUCUUUAUUACUGAUCGAACCAUGGACCUAUGGUCGCCAUUUUUGCACGAAUUUACAUAUCAGGCGAUGGUGUACGACCUCGUUGAAAUUCGAGACGGCAAAUACAAGCACUCGUUCCAGAACGCGGAGGGCGAGCGGGAAGAAAUUGACGUCGAGCUCAAUGACGAAGACGAUGUGUGGACAAGAAUCCGACAUCUGCACAUUGCCGAGGCUAUUGAGUACCUCACGCGCGAGUUCAAGAGCCACAUGGGUGAAGCGAGUCAGUUUAAUGAUCAGCUCUCUAUCGAUGGUAUGCGCGAUAUGCUGGCGUCCCUGCCGCAAAUGCAGCAGACGAAGCAGCGUUUAUCGGUCCAUCUGACUCUGGCGCAGCUUUGCAUGGACAAGUUUGAAAAGAGCAAGCUAUCUGCUCAGGCCAUGGUAGAGCAGAACAGCGCCACGGGCCAGACGCCCGAAGGCACGCGGCCCAAGACGUUAAUCGAGGAGAUGGUGCCAUUGCUUGACGACCCUACGAUCAGCGGCUCCGACAAGGUCCGUAUCAUCGCUUUGUAUAUUCUCUUUUGCGAUGGUGUGCAUGAUGAGGACCGAAAACGGCUUUUCCAACACGCCCGCCUCACUGGCGGGGAGAUGGCCGCUGUCAACAACCUCGCUCACCUGAGUGCGCGUGUCGUUCGCGAAGCAUCUACGUCCAGUCUAGAUGCCAUCUUUAGAAAGCGACGCAAAACCCUCUCGCCUCGGCUUCCGGCGCCUGGACAGGCCGAAUACGAGCUUAGUCGGUUCCAACCAUUGAUUCGCACCAUGAUGGAGGACCAUAUGUUGAGCCGAUUGGACCAAUCCAUGUUCCCCUACGUACGCGACGCACCUCAAGAGUCGCGGGGCACACAACUUAUGAAUCAGUCCAUGUCCUUUAGCUUGAGUGCUCAAGAUUACGCCACUGGUCUUUUGCAUUCUGCCAUCAGCGCCACAGGUGGUAAGGACUCGCCGCUUGCCCGUGUCGGAUUUGGAUUUGACGGCUCAAGCUCGUCACGAUCUCAAGUUAUGCGUGCCGGCACGACAAGUUUGCGCAGUUCCAAGCCUACGUGGCAUCAAAAAGGCCGCUCGCAGUCCGUUACUUCCUUGGGCAGCGGUACGAUGGGUGCGGGCGGUACCAGCGCGACCAUGCGGACCGCAAGCUCCGUGUUGACAGAGAUGAGCAACCCAACUGCGCAGCGCAUGAUUGUAUUCAUGGCGGGCGGUAUGACCUACUCAGAGAUACGUGCAGCCUACCAGGUGGGCAAACGGAACAACACGGAAGUGUACUUGGGCUCAUCGCAUGUAUUCACCCCCACGGGCUUUAUUGACAGUCUCCGCAUCAUGGGUACGCCAAGGCAGCCCCCGCCUCCAGAUCUGCACGUGGAACAGCGUCGACAGGCGGAAAAGUACCAAGCGGAGUAUCUACAAGAGAUUAACAAGGGCAACAAGAAGGCAAAGCCGCCCCUACUCAAGAAGCCCAAGUAUCCCCAGGAGCUGCCCCCACAAGAACGGUGCCAGAAUCGGUGCCAGAGGUGA